ACUCCUCAGACUGGAGUGUAAAUAUACUCCAUUCUGAGGAGGCAGGAACGACCAUUUAGAUUAUGGCCUGUCAGCUUUUCUGUUUUGUUCAAUGACUCAAAUACAGUAACCGUAAUAUGUGAACAGAAACAAAACAGGAAAGCCGACAGGCUUAUAAGAACACGUGUUAUAAAAACAUGUUUUCUGUAACUACUUACAGUAAAUCUUAAAUCUUUAUGAUAUUACGAGAAUGAUCAGAUCAAUGAUAUCACAGGAAUGACUAUAAAAGAUUUUUAUAGCUUUUAACUGUAACUUACAGGAAGCUUAUUUCCCGUCUCUCAGACCUUUGACUUCUUGCUUAAACAGCAGUUUAUUGUUCCAGUUCACCACAGAUCAGGUCAAGGACAAUAGAAAACCUUUAGACUUACUGUAAUUUUCAGAUGGAAGGACAGUUUUCUAGUAUAUAUUUAUAUGUGAAAAAUCAACUUACUUAGAGGCAACAUGUAAAGCAAAUAAUGGAAUUACAUCAUUUGGAAUAGUUAUUCCGAAUUGUAUAAUAUGGAAAUAAGAAAAUAAGUUUACUAUGAGUCCCAGUUAAAAACUCUAAAAUUCUUUUUCAGUCAUUACCUUGGUGACCCUGAUUCACCACAAUCUCCAAGUUCAAAACCAAGACUAUAUCUCAAGAUCAAAUUGAAACAUUUUCUCUAACACAUAUUAUGAGCAUAAAACAUCCCAGGUAAAACUGAGUUUAUGUUUUAGGCUUGAUGAAAUGAGCUUCAUUUAUUCUUUUCAUUGGCUGCUGGUUCAGUGUAGCUUAUACAAGACUGGAAAGAGCAAAGUUUGUUUGACAGUAUAUAAACGCCUUCUAUGUUUGUCUCAGGUCCAGUAGGUUGACUUCAUGACAGACACAUUCAGGUUCUCUGCAUUUAUUUUAACAAAAGAAGAAAUCAAGUUGGUGGUAAACCACAGUCCAGCUGCUUCUGCCCCUAUACAUUAAACAAAAUACAAUAAAUAACCCUAAACAAACUACAAAACAAUAACUCCCAAUGAGCACUUAACAGCAAUUGUCAUCAGUUAACGGUUGUAAAAUUAAACAUAGCUAAAAUGGACAACAGUAACAACGAUGACAGUUAAAGACAUAGCAAAAUUACUUAUGAAACACUGUAUAUGAUUAAAUUUGUGUAAAAUAUAUGUUAAAAUAUAAUACAUGUAAAGAAAACAGAGCUGAUCCUAAUAGAUACCACAGUUACUAGGCAACAGAAAAAGGGGGAGGGGCUAUCAGUUACUGGUUUCUAUGGUAACCACCAACCGUCAAGAGCAGCCCAAUAGAACUUAAUACGCCAAUAAAUAUCUGGAGAAGCUACUUCUCGACUAAACAAAAUAAACUCUAAAGAUAAACAAAUUUUGACAAAGCAAAGUAAAACCCAAACACGUAGCAAUAGGGGAAAAGAAACUCUUUUAAUUUCACAGACUCUUCAGUAUGUUUUAUUUUAUGUACAUAGGAACAGAAAUAUAGUUACAAAUGAACAUAAAUUAUAGAAAAUGUAGUGAAUUAUUACUAGGUUUUGGACAUUGAGACAAAGGAUUUUACCGUCAAAACCACAUAAAGGCUUUGACAGUUAAUAAUAAAAGUUAAUAAUAAAAAAAAUUAUAAUAAAAGUUAACAAACUAUUGAAACAGGCCAUUUAAAAGAUAAGAUAAGAAUGAUAAAAAAAAGAUAAAAAUGUGCCAAGAACAUGUGUCUAAGAUGUACGUACCAAGUUUAUGGUUCAGGAACCAGAGGCAACAGUAUAUAAGAGAUGGUUUCCAAUCCUUCCAAACACUAAACCCAAAGCUACAGAAACCAAGCUGAAGAAGAGAAAAUAAAUCUGCUGCCAGACGGUGAUUUAGUUUUCAAUCAGUAUCUUUUCCACAAUGAAGACUCUGACUUUGCUUUUUUGUGCCUUCUUGGCUCUGAACCAAGCUGCUGUUGUUCCUGAAAGACAAGAUGAAAACUUGGAAAAUGCAGUCCUUCAACCUGAGGCUGGGGAUGCUGUUCCAAAUGAAGACCUCGAGGUCAUGACUGUUCAGUCUUGUUCUUGGGGCUGGUCUCUGUUCAACGGUCGAUGCUAUCGGUACUUUUCAGCGUAUAGAACUUGGGCUCAAGCUGAGAAAAACUGCUUGACCAUGCAGGCUAACCUUGCAUCAAUCCAUAGUUAUGAGGAAUACGAGUUUAUUCACAGGCUGAUAUUAGAUUCAGUGAAUUCCCACGUGGAGACGUGGAUUGGAGGCACUAAUGCACAAGAGAGUUCUGUUUGGUUGUGGAGUGAUGGAAGCAAUUUUCUGGAUGCAAACUGGUGUCCUGGACAGCCCUAUAGUGGAAACCGCUGUGCAACAAUGAAUUAUCUAGUAAAUGGGUGCUGGAGGAGCUAUCCCUGUACCAACACUCGUCCAUAUGUAUGUGUCAAGAGAAAUUGAUGACACCAUGGCUCCCCAAGAUGUUAAAAACAAACAAGCAAAUUAAAACUUAUGUUUUUGUUUUGUUGAUCUGCAUUAAUAAUUUUAUGUCAAAAACAUUGUAUUUUAAUUAAAGCCUUUUUGGUUUUGCUUUUAAUCUUUACAUGUAAAGCUAAUGCAUGUAUACAUCAUACUAAAUGUAGUAACA